GUCUCUUCUCAACUACUACAUCGAUUGUUGUGGCCAUCAAUUGCCUUGAUUGGGAGUGUGCAGCGACUGAGCAAGGGCCGAUAUUGGGGAAAUCUGGAGUCUCAACUUCACUUUGAUACUCGCUGGAGUCUGCUGCACUUGCGCCAGAAUGCGCUCUCCGUUGCGAGCUGUGGCUGGCGCGCUGGCAGUCGCCCAACUCACUGCUGGCCUUCAGAUUGAUGUCAACGAUACGGAUGGUAUCAAGAGUGCUGCAUCGACCGUCGCUUAUGGCAUGGUGGUCUACUACCAAGGCAAUGAGACCGGAAUGAUUCCUGGAGAGUUGGGUGAUCCGUAUUACUGGUGGGAGGCGGGUGCGAUGUUCAACUCGUUGAUCAACUAUUGGUACUAUACGGGCGAUACCACAUACAACCAAAUUGUCAAGCAGGGCCUGCAGUUCCAGAUUGGGCCAGACGACAACUACAUGCCACCCAACCAGACCAAAGCAGAAGGAAACGAUGAUCAAUACUUCUGGGGCUGCGCUGCUAUGUCUGCUGCAGAGCUCAAUUUCGAGAAUCCUGACGCCGGUCAACCAGGUUGGCUCGCGCUCACGCAAGGUGUCUUCAACUCCCAAGCAGCACGUUGGGACAGUGCAGAUUGUGCAGGUGGUCUUCGAUGGCAGAUCUUCACGUGGAACAACGGCUAUACCUACAAGAACACACCGUCGAAUGGCGGCCUCUUCAACCUGGCAUCCCGAUUGGGUGCAUACACGGGGAACCAGACGUAUUUCCAGUGGGCGGAUAAGGCAUGGGACUGGCUGGAACACGUGGGACUGAUCGGCGAAAACUACGACAUUUACGAUGGCACGAGUAUCGACGACAACUGCACCAGUUUAGAUCAUACGCUAUGGACGUAUACGGCGGGCAUGAUGCUGAACGGAGCGGCAGUCAUGUGGAAUGCCACCACUGCCGAUGCUUCCGCAUCAGAAGUCAGCGCGGACACGUGGAAAGCUCGAACCCAAGGCAUCUGGAAUGCCACUGUCCGGAACUGCUUCCACGGGACCAACAACAUGAUCAUGCAAGAGAUCUGUGAGCCGACCAACAACUGCAAUACCGAUCAACAAUCCUUCAAGGCCUAUCUCUCUCGCUUCAUGGCCUCGAGCGCGAAAGUAGCGCCCUGGCUCUGGGAUGAUGUGCGACCGUACAUUGAAGCUUCUGCAGUGGCAGCCGGCCUGCAAUGCAGUGGUGGCGCGAAUGGAAACACAUGUGGUCUGAAGUGGGUCGAUAACAGCACGUAUGAUGGCAGCGCGGGCGUGGGUCAACAAAUGGGCGCGCUGGAGAUUUUGGGGGCGUUGUUGGUUAAGCAGGCCGCAUCUCCUGUCAGCUCGAGUAGUGGAGGCACGAGUCAGGGAGAUGCGAGUGCAGGGACAGGAGGUGACAAAGAUGCGGCAGCACCAGCACGCGCUAUCACCGGUGCUGAUCGAGCCGGCGCUGGUAUUUUGACAGCACUUGUAUGUGUGGGAUUACUUGGUGGAUCCUUUUGGUUAUUGACGGGCGCUUGA